GGUGAUUGGAGCCAUUGCCCUGCUGUGUCUCCUCGGUCUCACCUGGGCCUUUGGUCUGAUGUACGUCAACGAGAGCACCGUGGUCAUGGCCUACCUGUUCACCAUCUUCAACUCACUGCAAGGCAUGUUCAUCUUCAUCUUCCACUGCGUCCUGCAGAAAAAGGUGCGUAAGGAGGUUGGUAAAUGCCUGCGGACUCACUGCUGCAGUGUGAAGAGUGUGGACAGCUCCAUUGGUUCCGGAAAAGGUCCAGCAGCUCGGGCUCCAGGACGUUACUCAGCAGGGUCACAG